UUCCUAGCCACUAAUUAUUACAAAACACGAAUUGAAUUUAAUUUAUUUUUGUUGGGUUUUGUACUCAUCUAUCAUCUUUAUAUGUUUGGUUCUCCUUGCUCAAGCUUCCCCCAAAUCAGCAAUGGAAGCUAGACUCUCCGAGACUCUUGGUCUCCCAUCUCCGAGUCGUAAUCACUGCCUUGUUCCAAACGAUUUCAAUUCCCUCUUCACUCAUUUCUCCGAUCUAACCUCCGUCCAAAGCCCUAUCGUCAGAAACCCUAAACCCAAAACCAAAACCAAAACCUCUCAGAAACUUACAGCAAAGUUGGGAAGAUCUAACCCAUGUUUUGCAUCUACAUCAGUCUCGGAUCCAAUCCACACCAAACCCGGAUCCGAAUUCCUGAAAUGGAUCAAACCCGCAUCACGAAACAGUCCAAGAAUUCAAACACUCAUGAAACAACUCUCUGUUUGGGAACGUGCCAUCAUCGGUGCAGGAGCCGGUGGACUUGCCGGAGCUUUUACAUACGUUGCUCUUCUCCCACUUGAUACAAUCAAAACCAAGCUUCAAACCAAAGGCGCGUCUCAGGUUUAUAGCAACGCGUUUGAUGCUAUAGUUAAAACAUUUCAAGCAAAAGGUGUGUUAGGUUUUUACAGUGGUGUCUCCGCCGUGAUUGUUGGGUCUACGUUUUCCUCCGCUGUGUAUUUCGGUACCUGUGAGUUUGGUAAGUCUCUACUCUCCAAAUUCCCGGAUUUUCCGACUGUGCUUAUCCCGCCUACUGCUGGUGCUAUGGGAAACAUAAUCUCGUCUGCUAUAAUGGUUCCUAAAGAGCUCAUUACACAGAGAAUGCAAGCUGGAGCUAGUGGGAGAUCGUAUCAAGUAUUGCUUAAGAUUCUUGAGAAAGAUGGAAUCUUGGGGCUUUAUGCGGGUUAUUCGGCUACAUUGUUGAGGAAUUUGCCGGCUGGUGUACUUAGUUAUUCGUCGUUUGAGUACUUGAAAGCUGCGGUUUUGGAGAAGACGCAGCAGAGUCAGCUUGAGCCUUUGCAGAGUGUUUGUUGUGGUGCGUUGGCUGGUGCGAUAUCUGCUUCGAUAACUACACCGUUAGAUGUUGUGAAGACUAGGCUGAUGACGCAGAUUCAUGUGGAGACAGUGAAUGAAAUGUAUUCUGGUGUAGCUGGGACAGUGAGUCAGAUACUAAAAGAGGAAGGUUGGGUUGGUUUUACUCGUGGCAUGGGACCUCGAGUUCUUCACAGCGCUUGUUUCUCAGCCAUCGGUUAUUUUGCAUUUGAGACUGCCAGGCUUACAAUCUUGAAUGAAUAUUUGAAGAGGAAAGAAGAUUCUGAAACUAAACUUGAUGCUGAUUCUUGAGUUUGGUUGUGCUAUUGUCCAUGGUUCUCAAAGAAGCAUUACUCUUUUAACAUUGUUGGGUUGUUUCAGGGACAAGCUGAGUUGUUUCAAAAAAUAUAUUCACUUUUGCUGCAUUUUCAUGCUGGCUUUAUCUAGUUUGUUUUCAAUCUGAUUCGAUUUCUUUCA